UGGAUGAAGGGUCAAAGAUAACGCUAAUGGAAGAUGCGGUGGCGGAUCAGCUUGGAUUUGCCGGUCCAACGGAAACUCUAAACUUGCAGUGGACAGGAAAUAUCAAGCGUAGUGAGACAAAUUCAAAACGAAUCAACGCUAAAAUUUCCGGAGAAGGUUCAUCGAAACAGUAUCAAAUGAUUAACGUGCGUACCGUCGGUGGAUUACUGCUUCCAUCGCAGACAGUACACUACGCGAAAAUGUGCAGAAGAUACCCACAUCUACGAGGUCUACCAAUACGUAGCUACGAGAAGGUGUCACCUAAACUCUUGAUUGGUCUUGACAACUUGAAGCUCAUCGUGCCGUUAAAGAUCAGAGAAGGAAGGUGGGCAGACCCUAUAGCCGCCAAGAGCCGCAUCGGAUGGAGCAUUUACGGAUGUGCUACGACACAAGCAUCGACGGUCACGUGUGGGUUUCAUUUUGGAGGAUGGACCAAUCAGGAGCAGGAACUUAACCAAUUGGUUCGUGACUAUAUCACACUGGACAACACCGGUGUAACACAUCCUUCUAUGAUCCUAGAAUCCGAGGAAGACAAGCGGGCAAGACUGCUGCUGGAGUCAACUACUCGAAAAAUCGGGGGAGCUUUCGAGACAGGAUUACUGUGGAAGACUGACAAUAUCCAAUUCCCAAACAGCUAUGGGAUGGCAUUUAAACGGAUGUGUGCCCUCGAAAGAAGAUUAGAAAAGGAUCCGGUUCUCUACGCUCGUGUUAAACAGCAACUUCGAGACUACGAGACAAAAAGGUACGCACACAAAGCAACUCCACACGAACUCUCCACCACUAAUUCGAACCAGUGUUGGUAUUUGCCGCUGGGGAUAGUCCUGAAUCCGAAUAAGCCGAACAAGCUUAGGAUGAUCUGGGACGCAGCGGCAAAAGUAAAUGGAAUUUCUCUAAACUCCGCUUUGUUGAAAGGACCAGACUUUUUAACGUCUCUACCGACAGUCAUAGGAAACUUUCGCUUGUAUCGAUACGCCCUGACCGGAGACAUUAAGGAAAUGUUCCACCGGUUCUUCAUCCGGCACCAAGAUCGUCAGUUCCAGAGGUUUCUGUUCAGAGAUAGUUCAGAUGAGGAUCCCGUGGUUUAUGUCAUGGACGUCGCCAUAUUCGGAGCAGCCUGCUCGCCGAGUAGUGCCCACUAUAUUAAAAACCUAAAUGCCAAGGAGUUUGAAGCACAGUUCCCGCGGGCAGCAGCAGCCAUCACUUAUCGCCACUACGUGGAUGAUUAUUUAGACAGCUUCGAAACCAUUGAGGAAGCUGUGAAGAUCGGCCAACAGGUGAAGCAUAUCCAUGCCGAAGGUGGGUUCGAAAUCCGGAACUUUUUAUCAAACGACCCAACUAUAGCAGCGCGUGUUGGUGAAGAAUCACUGGAAGCAGAAAAGAGUAUUUGUGUAGAGAAAGCCGAGCAAGUCGAAUCCGUAUUGGGUAUGAAGUGGAUGCCAAGCAGCGACACUUUUACAUUCACCGUUUCUCUACGAGAUAACUUGCAACACGUGCUAAAUCUAUUGCAUAUCCCUACAAAACGGGAAGUUUUGCGUACUGUGAUGAGUUUCUUUGAUCCCCUGGGACUGAUAUCAUUCUAUUUGAUUCAUGGUCGCAUCCUGAUGCAAGACAUAUGGGCAAUUGGUAUCGGUUGGGAUGAACCGAUCAGUGAUGAAAUCUUCAUACAGUGGAAAAGGUGGAUCGAACUGAUCCCGGAGUUGAACACUCUUCGUAUUCCACGCUGUUACAUCAGUGGUUCCACGGAAACCAGAUAUUCCAUGUUGCAGGUUCAUGUUUUUGUCGACGCAAGUCAGUCAGCGUAUGCAGGUGCUGCAUAUUUCCGGGUAGAAACCCCAAGGGGUCCAGUGGUCAGCCUCGUAGCAGCGAAAUCCAAAGUAGCACCAUUAAAACUGUUGACAAUUCCACGACUUGAACUUCAAGCAGCGGUUUUGGGCUCCCGUUUGCUCAACAAUGUGAUCGCCAUGCACGCUCUGCCUGUGAAGAAACGAGUAUUGUGGUCCGAUUCAAACACCGUUCUGGCCUGGAUUCGGUCGGAUCAGCGGAGGUAUCAUCAAUAUGUGGGAUUCAGGAUCAGCGAAAUCCUAUCUCUGACGGACGUAAACGAAUGGCGAAAGAUACCCUCUAAGGAGAAUGUAGCGGACGACGCGACGAAGUGGGGAGCAGGGCCGAACAUCAAGAGUGACAGUCUAUGGUUUCAUGGACCAGAGUUUCUUCGGCAUGCAGAAGAGUUCUGGCCUGGGAGUGAUGAUCAGAUCGAUCAUACAGAGGAAGAAAUACUGACGUGUAACAUUCAUGAAGCAAUACAGUCGUCGCUGGUUAACCUAAAUAGGUUCAGCAAAUGGGAGAAAGUACAUCGCACUAUGGCGUAUGUGUAUAGAUUCGUCAAGAAUGUUCAACGUGCUCAUCGAAAUGAAACGCAGCUCCUAGGAGCAUUGACGCAGGAAGAAUUAGUAGUUGCCGAGAGAUAUCUGUGGAAGGAAGCACAAGCUGAAUCGUUUGCUGCAGAGCUGGUAAUGUUGGAGAAAACGAAAGGAAAGCCAGAGGGAGUUCAUGUGAUCCUACCAAAAUCAAGUACGAUACACAAGCUGUGGCCGUUUAUUGAUAGGAAUGGGGUUAUGCGGAAACGUGGUCGCUUGGGGAAUGCUGAUUGGAUACCUUUCCAGACCAAAUAUCCGGUAAUUCUUCCGCGACAACAUCCCAUUACACUUCUUCUCGUCGACUCCUUUCAUCGUAGAUUUCAUCAUCGCAACCGCGAGACAAUUGUUAACGAGUUGCGGCAACACUAUGAAAUCCCGAAGUUACGGUCUGUGGUGUUCAAAGUAGCUGAGAACUGCAUGACAUGUAGAAUCCGCAGAGCCAUUCCUAGCUCACCUCCUUUGGCACCUCUACCGGUAGCCCGAGUGACACCCUAUGUACGCCCGUUCACUUUCGUAGGGGUUGACUAUUUCGGCCCAGUGUUGGUAAAAGUUGGACGCAGCAACGUUAAGCGGUGGAUAGCCCUUUUCACUUGCUUAACAAUCCGUGCUAUACACCUUGAAGUUACACACAGCUUAUCCAAAGAAUCGUGUGUGAUGGCGGUGAGAAGAUUUGUGUCACGACGUGGGGCACCAACAGAAAUCUUUAGCGACAAUGGCACAAACUUUCUCGGGGCAAGCAAUCAAUUGAAACAGGAGGUCGAAAAAUUAAAUAAUCAUCUGGCAUCAACCUUUACCAAUACAACAACUCGAUGGUCGUUCAACCCACCUGGCGCUCCACACAUGGGUGGAGUGUGGGAACGAAUGGUCCGUUCUGUAAAAGUAGCGAUCAAUGGUAUUCUAGAUACACAACGACGCCCGGACGAUGAAGUACUGGAGACGGUGGUUAUUGAGGCCGAAGCGAUGAUUAAUUCUCGGCCACUUACAUACAUACCACUAGAGUCGGCUGACAAGGAAUCUCUCACUCCAAAUCAUUUCCUGUUAGGCAGUUCCAGUGGGGUAAAGCAGAUGCCGGUGCUACCUACCGACUAUCAAUCGACGCUGCGAAACGGGUGGAAACUUGCGCAGCACUUGUCUGACGGUAUAUGGAAGAGGUGGAUUAAGGAGUACUUGCCGGUGAUAUCCAGGCGUUCUAAGUGGUUCGAGGAAGUCAAAGAGAUAGAAGAAGGAGAUCUGGUACUGAUCGUGGAUGGCGCAGUACGGAACCAGUGGAUCAGAGGAAGAGUGGACAAGGUGGUUAAAGGAAGAGAUGGAAGAGUACGGCAGGCAUGGGUGAGGACCACGAAGGGCGUUCUUCGGAGGCCAGUGGUGAAGUUGGCGUUACUCGACGUCAUAGGUAGUGGUAAACCGAAUGUUGACCAUGAUGGUUUACGGGUGGGGGAAUGUGACGACGAGAACCGGUCGGCGCUCAACCGUUAAUAGUGAACUGCAGGGCAUAUACUGUGUUCGACAGCUACGCAGUGGAAAACGUCAACGAAUGACGAACUGUCAUAGAUGUCACAUGAAGCAGAACGUCAGUGACUAUGCAAAUUUGGUAUUUAUAGAUUAUUGUACUCGAUCGGCCAGUAAUUUUCCAGUUAUUAAUAGUAUUCCGAAAUAUUUGAGAAUUUACUACAAUAUUCAAUAUUUGCAAUACCAACACCUAUUCUAAAAAAGUUAAACCUAGAGGAUUAGUAAGAGAUACUGUUAAAAUUCUAAAGCUGUCCCAACCAACUACGAGUUUAUCGGUGGGCUGCUAAAAGAAAACAGUUUCAAC